AUGGAGCUCCGACGAGAAAUACGAGAAACGAUCCACAUAGAAAUGCAACAAAUGCAAUCCACUCUGCAAUUCUACUCGGAUAAGUUCGAUGAUUAUGAGGUAAAAAUGAAGUCUUAUGAUAUACGAGUCAAGAUGCUCGAGAACCAAUACAACAAUCUCAUAAACCAAAACAAAAACCUAAAAGUACAACAUGGGGCACUGGAGCAACGUAUCACGAUUUUGGAGCAAGCACAACUUGCUAACCAGCUUGAGAUUUGUGGCAUCGCGGAGGAAGAAAACGAGAACCUAACGGAUAUCACCUCAAAAAUCUGUGAUACUUUUAAGCUCAAUCCUAAUAACAUCAUUAAAGCGUACCGCAAAAAAAACUUCAAUAAAAAAAACUCUAAGAAACCGCAGCCAGCAGCUAUCGUGAUCGGACUCCGUGAAGGCAACCGAGACCAGUGGUUACUUGCCUCUAAGAACACCCAUAAGACCUGCAGGGACAUUGGUAAACAGGGUGAUAACAAAAUAUAUUUCCGUGAGUCACUCUCAUCCCACAUUGCUUAUUUGCUAUGGAAAUCCAAAUCUGUUCUCAAAGAAACUGGCAUAUAUAAAUAUGUGUGGUGUAAAAAUGGCCAUAUUCUAGCACGCAAAAAUGAGAACGAAAAGAUUAUCAGAAUCCACUCAGAAAGUGAUAUUGAUAAACUGAGAAUCAUGUCACAAGAUGACAAAAAUGCAUCCACUUGA